AUGGCGACCCCUGUGGACGCAAAGCUGCUCAAGAAGACUAAAUUCCCUCCGGAGUUUAGUCGGAAGGUGGACAUGACCAAGGUCAACAUUGAAGUCAUGAAGAAAUGGAUUGCUGGGCGUAUCUCUGAGAUCCUUGGUAAUGAAGAUGAUGUAGUCAUUGAGCUGUGCUUCAACCUGCUGGAAGGCUCGCGCUAUCCGGACAUCAAAUCCCUCCAAAUACAUCUCACGGGGUUUCUUGACAAGGAUACUGCUAAAUUCUGCAAAGAGCUAUGGUCCCUUUGUCUCAGCGGCCAGGAGAAUCCUCAGGGCGUUCCAAAGGAGCUGCUGGAGGCCAAGAAGCUUGAACUAAUUCAGGAAAAGAUCGAGGCCGAAAAAGCUGCCGAGGCUGCUCGUCAACAGAAGGAGCAAGAGCGCACCCGAGACCGCGAGAUGGAUGAUAUCAGAAGAAGAGAGCGUGGUGAGCGUAGCGAGCGCGGCCGUGGUGGAAGAAAUCGCUACGAUCGACGCCGCUCGCGUUCCCCGCCGCCUCGAUAUCGCAGCCGAGAUCGCUACCAUCGUGAAGCCCCUUCUCGCCGCGAUUUCGAUUCUUACGUUCCUAGCUCCAAUAAAAGUCGGCGCCAGUCCCGUUCUCCCUCCCGUUCCUCUUCUCGACCCCCCUCUCGCUCUCCUCGCCGAUACCGUCGCCGCACUUACAGCCGAUCUCGGACCCCUGAGGGACAUGAUCGAUCUCGUCAGCGCCGCCGCCCCUACAGCCGAUCCCGUUCCCCGGAUCACCCAGACCGCAAAGAGAAGAGACCCAGUUCGGACCAUGGUGAUCGAGACAGAUCCGUUACCCGCAAUCGUGCAUCCCGCUCACGUACUCCCAGAAGAGACCGCAACAGACGGCGUUCGAGCUCCCGCAGCGUGACCCCUCCUCGGCACGACCAACGUCAGCGACCCUCUUCUCACUCUCGAUCUCGCUCCCGCUCCCACUCGGGCUCCCGAGGUAUGAGUGGUGGAAUCCGCAGAGAUUAUGACACACGCCGCCUGAGCCGUAGUCGUAAUCGUGAACAUCAUGAUCGGCGACGCCGCACCCCCAACCGCAGCCCUCGCGAGGAGCGGACUCGAAAGCGAUCUCUUGAAAGAUACAAUCUGGGCUCUCACAGACGGCGUGAAUCAUCUGUAUCUGUACCUGAAGAGAAACGACAAAAGUUGGCUGAUGAAUAUGAGAAGAAAGACACGGGGUCUGAACAGCCUGCGCAGCCUUUGCCUGCCCCUGUUGAUGAACCAGCUACAGCAGCCGACGAAACUACGAAUCCAGAUGACAAGAAGAUGGAGCAUUCUCCACAGGUCGGUCAUUAG